AAUUUUUAUAAUUACUUUCUUUUAGUGAAGUGCAGGAAACGUUACAGCAUUGAUUGCCAACUAAAGAAACUAAAAUGGUUUUACAAUCCUCAAGUUGCUACGUGUUUGCAGAGACUCACUUGCCGAUACGGUUUUGAUUAUCGAACUGAAUGCGAACGCCAUUGUCUUAACCCAAAGAAAAUAGGAGCAUCAGAACCAUCUAAGACGCUUGAGCAAAUAAUGAAAAUAUUGGAGCAGCUUAACAAAAAACAUACGGCUAAGACGUUUAAGCCAACGAAACCUCCAAGGACUACAACACCGAAAAUAAAAGCUACACCAGUUACAACACCGUCUGCUUCAGCACCUCCAAUUACAACGCCUUCUGCUACAGCACCACCAGUUACAACACCAACAAUUACAACUCAAAGUGUUACUGUUACGGAUGACUAUCUGUUCGCUACUGUGACUCCAAAGGAACUUACUAUAGAGGAUCCUACAAAGAAGAACGAGGUUGAUAACAAACCUAAGAACCCGCCAGGCAAUAUAAAUGAACCAGUAAAAUUUUGGGGUCAACCCGCAAAAUCCUCGGACUAAAAUUCUGUAAAAUAUUAAAGGGAACAUUUGUAAAAAACAUUUUUUUAAUGAA